AUGUCGCCGGAUCCUGAUAAGCCUAAGAAGACACCGCGGAAGCAUGUCACCACCGCCUGUGUCCCUUGCCGGGAAAGUAAAAUCAGGUGCGAUGGUUCCAUGCCGCAUUGUCAAAAUUGUGAACGGAAGGGCAAGGAAUGCAAAUAUCAACAUGGCGACGACAAGCGGAAAGUAUCUCUAAGAGCCGCCACGGAGCUCUUUUCAGCAAGAAUUGACCAGUUAUACCAAUUCAUCCAGGAGCAAGGCCUAGUGCCCCCUCCAAUGGACCCAGAAGACGAGGCCGGCAUGAACAGAGUCUUGGACACACUUCAAAUCCCUCGGGGAGUCACAAAGAACUCAGCCCUCUCUGCGAGCGACCAGAAAUCAGCAGACGAGAUAAGCCCGCCGUUUCAUCAGAGGCCAUCCCCGACAAGUAGCCCGCCGCGAACAGCUCUGCCGGGGCAAUCCCAACCCUCGGUCGAAAAGGAGAAUUCCAGCGUAUCGCCAUCGCACAGCAGUGGCAUCGUCGCGAACCAGCAAACCGGGGUUUCACCCUCUGUGGAACCCUGGAACCCCUACAGUAUGGUGCGGGGUGCGCCUGACAAUCAAAACUUUGUGCAUUGGGGAUUCUCCCUACCCAACGCAGAAAGCCUGGAGAACAUUUACGCGAAUAUCAAUGGUGGAUCAGGGAUGAUGGCCAACGCCGGUCUCAGCCCAGACACUUUCCAACUUGGCAUGGACAUGGUCCAACAGCCAGGCGUGUUACUGGGCCAGGUGCCGACAAAUCCAUCGCACCAGGACCACGAUUCCGACAGCGACGAGGAAAACCCGGCCGAGAGCGACGUCAUUGAGCAAUUGUCUAAUCGCAUCGGGACUUUGAAAAUCGCCGGCGAUGGUCAUUUGCGCUUUUAUGGCGCUACCUCGAAUCUCAAUUUGGUUGAUGUUUCGGCGACACAGCAGCGGCAACGGCCCGAUGCGCGAACCGUGCGGCAUGAUGGCCAGGAUAUCCUUAAUCAUCUUCGCGUCGGUCAGCCGGUUGAUCAGGCUUUGGAGGAUCACCUGGUUGAGCUGUUUUUCACUUGGCAGAAUCCGAGCAUUUAUGUCGUGGAUAAGGCGAUGUACAUGACAGCGCGAACGAAAUGGCGGGAAGAAUAUGACGAUACCCCAUUUUACUCGGAAGUUCUUACCAAUGCGAUGUGUGCAAUUGGAAGCGCUUUUGAAGCGCGCUAUCACCCCACCUUUAUCACUUUUCCCAAAUCGUUGGCCGAUUUCUUCGCAGAUCGAGCGAAAGCUCUUUUAGAAAUCGAACUAGACACACCUUGUGUUGCGACUGUGCAGGCACUCGUUCUUUUGAGUUGCCACGAGGGUGCAUCGAACCGUGAUGCUCGUGGCUGGCUUUAUAGCGGCAUGUCAAUGCGGCUUGCAUUUGAUCUUGGAUUACAUUUGGAUAUGACGACCUAUGUCAAUAAUGGUGAAGUUAGCGCUCAUGAAGCGGACGUUCGACGAACAGCUUUUUGGGGAAGCUAUGUCGCUGACCACUUCUGGGGCUUUUACUUGGGCCGACCAUUUCGGAUGACUGCAGGAGACAUUACUGUCCCGAAACCUGCAUCCACGAUUGGCGCGGAUAAAGACGCCAUCUGGCACCCAUACGGACUGCAGAAAACACCAGAUCCCUUUGGAGACGGUCUUAGGGAUACCACUGAACUGAUUUGCCGGCAAUUCGUCGUGCUAUGGGAAAUGAUUUCCCCCGUGGGACAUAUCUUGUACGGCUGCUCCGAUAUAUCUCGACACGAUCUGCAAAGAAUUACAUUCCAAGUGACAGAGGACCUUUUCGCCUGGAAAAGGAAUCUGCCCUCUACACUCGAGCUCGAUAUCGAUGACGAUGCAACACCGCGACUACCCCAUCUGUUAAUACUCCAUAUGCAAUACCAUCAAAUCAUAAUCUUCUUCCACAGACCAUGGGUAUCGAAGAAUUACAUCCAACCACGCAGUCCCCGCCAAGGACCAGGCUACCACCACGCACGACGCAUGUGCGUCGAAUCAGCAACAGCGAUCGCCCGGCUCCUCCACAUCUACGAAAAACACUACUCCUUCCGCCGAAUGAAUAACCAAGUCGUGGCGAUAAUCUUCAGCGCCGCACUGAUGCUCCUCUUCGUCACCGUCUCCAGCUCCCCACUCAUGCCCAACAAGCCCGGCGAAACCAGCCAACCACACCCGCGCAACGCCGAAAUGGUCGCAUAUCUGAAUCUCUGCUUCCGCGCCCUCGACGAGCUCGGCCAAUCCUUCGAAAACGCGAAGCGUACCAGGGACUUCCUCGUUACUCUGCAACGACGGUGGCAGGCACAUAUGCAUCGAUCAGGUCCGGCCUCGAAAAGACACCUCAGCAGCGCGAAUCUUGCUUCCUCCGACUCUAAAAAACACUCAUCGGCUCGUGACCCGAGUCGUCAUGAUAGUGUUGCAUCCGAAUCCGUGCGCAAAAAGUCGCGUCUAUCGAAUACGCUCGAUCUCUCCCAAUCGCAGCAGAUACGGGCUUCGUUGACUGCGCCUUUUACUGGAAGCGCAUCUUUCGACACUCAUCAAAAGCAUGACUCGAGGCAGAACCAGUCUGAUUACAAUCAGCAACAACAACAACAAAAACAACCACCCUUUACAGUACCUUCCGACGAUCUCAGUUGGAAUUAUAAUUCGGAUCUCAAUGCCAUAAACGCUAUGGCAGCACCGCAAUUCACGAAUGACCCGGGUAUGCUUCCCGAUCUCGGCGAUCUGGAGGGAUGGUGGUCUCCGACCGGUAAUUCCGGACUGGGCGGACCAAAUUUAUAG